AUGAUUGACGGCUGGCAGAGUGCUCUGAUUGGCUCGGAGGCUCUUGAGGGCGUGCUCAACGCCCUCUGCGCAGCACCGCGCUCCCAUUGGCUGUCGCUUUCCCGCCUCCGCCCCUCCUCAGGGAGGGGGCGGGAGCAGAGGCGCAGCGAUGGCGGCGGGGCCGGGAGCGGCGGGCGCCGCUCGCGUCUCCUCAGGCCGGGACCUGAACUGCGUGCCGGAGGUGGCGGGAGCGCUGGGGGCCGUGGCCAGGCAGGGGUGAGUCUCGGAACCCCCGAAACCCAAAAAAAACCCCAAAAAUCCCGCUGGGAAACCCCCCAAAAACCGACCCCGAAACGCCCCUCGUGUUCCCGGGAGCGCACAAACGAGCGGCGGCAUCGCCGAAUUUCCUCAGGGACACCCAAAUCCCCUCCAGAGACACAUAAAUCCCCUCAGGGAUCCCCGAAAUCCCCUCAGGGACCCCAAAAUCCCCUCAGGGAUCCCCCAGAUCCCCUCAGGGAUUCUCAGAUCCCUUCAGGGACCCUCCGAAUUUCCUCAGGGACACCCAAAUCCCCUCCAGAGACACAUAAAUCCCCUCAGGGAUCCCCGAAAUCCCCUCAGGGACCUCAAAAUCCCCUCAGGGAUCCCCCAAAUCCCCUCAGGGAUUCUCAGAUCCCUUCAGGGACCCUCCGAAUUUCCUCAGGGACACCCAAAUCCCCUCCAGAGACACAUAAAUCCCCUCAGGCAUCCAUAAAUCCCCUCAAGGACCCCCAAAAUCACCUCAGGGACCCCAAAAAUCCCCUCAGGGAUCCCCAAAAUCCUCUCAGGGACCCCAAGUGUCCCUCAGGGACCCCAAAUCUGUUCAGGAAUCCCCAAAAUCCCCUCAGAGAUUCUCAGAUCUCUUCAAGGACCCCAAAUCCCCUCAGGGACCCCCAAAAUCCCUCUCAGGGAUCCCGAAAAUCCUCUCAGAGACCCCAAAAUCCCCUCAGGAAUCCCCCAAAUCUCCUCAAGGAUUAUCAGAUCUGUUCCCCUCAAAGACCCCAAAAUCCCCUCAGGGACCCCAAAAUCGUCUCAGAGACC